CUCAAAUCUCUUGCCCCUUUUCUCCGCUCUCCCUCUCUCUCUCUUUAAUCCCUUCAGACCCCCCCUCGUCGCCGGGCUCCGGCCGUGAGCUCCGUCCAUGCGCCGUCGUAACGGCUAGAGUGGUGGAUUCCGAUCGCACCUACCCCCCUUCUCCCGUUCCCUUCCCCAUUCGUUGUCGCUUGUCUUUUUACAGUUUUAGCCCUGAGCAUUUCGUCUUUUCACGCCCUUAUCUCAUCUUGCUCGGUCUCUGCGGUCCCUUUCUUUUUAAAUUGAUUGAUUUCUCUUUCGGCGUUUCUUGUGACGUGGCGGGAACCGGAGGGCUAGGAUGUCGAGCCACGCGCAUCCCGGAUCGACACUUGGGGCGUCCAGGAAGCGGAAGGACCGGGCCGGGUCCGACGGCCCUCGGACCCAGAUACCACCAAAGGUGGAGCCCAACCCUUCGGCGGCGGCUCGCCCGGCUCCGGCUAGCAACCGGCUUCUAGCCGGUUACCUGGCCCACGAGUUCCUCACCAAGGGGACCCUCUUCGGCCGGCGCUGGGAGCCGGGCCGGUCCGAAUCGGGGAAGAGUCCGGAACCGCCGGUCCGGUCCGAGCCUGAUUCGGCCAAGCCGCCGAGGGCGUACGUGGAGGUGUCGCAACUGCUGAAGACGGAGGGGGUUCAUAUCCCGGGAGUCGUCAACCCGACGCAGUUGGCUCGGUGGCUCCAGAUGUAAGAAAGGAGAGCUCGCGGGACACCACACCGUUCAGAUCGCUACGUGGCGUGGAUCUCCUGGUGGUCGGAUGGCUGCUCGCUGCAUGCAUGAGUCUUGAGGUGGUGAGUGAACCGAGAUGCACAAAAAUGAAAGGGAAAGAAGGAGAAGAAAAAUGCUCCAAGAAGAAAUGGAGCUUUCGCUUUUUCUAUCUUUUUCCUGCAUUGAAACUGGCUUUUAACUUGUUUUUUUUUCUUUUUUGUCAUAAAUAUUUAUGGGUGGAAUGGUUGGAUCAUUGUUUAAGUUUGCAUUUGCGAAU